CAUCAAUCUAUCCAUCUUCGAACAACCUCUCCUCCUUGUCCUUAUUUUCCUUUCUCAUUCUCUCUUUUGCUCCUCCUUACCAUCAAUUCCUUUCUCUUAUCUGCUCUUUCGGUUCGGUUUUUGCUGGCGUUGUUUACUGGGGUGGAUGAGGUCGUCCUCCGGCCUUGAUAGUAAAUAUGGCUCCUCUACCCAUUAAGUUCACGGAGCUGGUCAAUUUGACCAACGCUGAAAUCGCGCCCUCCUCUAUUGGCUUCAACUCAUGUACUUUAGAAUCGGAUCACUACCUCUGUGUUCGCCAGAAACUCAGCGAAGAUGACAAGCCCCAAGUGAUUAUCAUCAACCUCAAGAAUAAUAAUGAAGUCAUCAAACGGCCGAUCAACGCGGACAGUGCUAUUAUGCACUGGACCAAGAACAUCAUCGCCCUCAAAGCGCAAGGACGGACAAUUCAGAUCUUCGACCUAUCGGCAAAGCAAAAGCUGAAGUCGGCGGUUAUGAACGAGGAUGUCGUGUACUGGAAGUGGUUUAGCGAUACGAGUUUGGGUUUGGUGACAGACGUUUCUGUCUACCACUGGGAUGUCUUUGAGCCCACUCAGUCCCAGCCUAUUAAGAUCUUCGACCGUCUUCCUAAUCUGAGCGGAUGCCAAAUCAUCAACUACCGUGUCAACGACGACGAGAAGUGGAUGGUCGUGGUUGGUAUCAGCCAGCAGCAGGGACGUGUCGUUGGAUCGAUGCAGCUGUUUUCCAAAGACCGUGGGAUAUCGCAGUUCAUUGAAGGCCAUGCGGCCGCUUUCGCUUCGAUUAGGGUCGAGGGUUCUCCACUGGAACACAAGCUCUUCACAUUCGCCGUUCGAACCCAGACGGGCGCCAAACUGCAGAUCGCCGAAAUUGACCACCAAGAGCCCAACCCACGCUUCCAGAAGAAGGCUGUGGAGGUCUACUUCCCACAAGAGGCAGUCAACGAUUUCCCCGUCGCCAUGCAGGUCUCCAGGAAGUACGAUGUCGUGUACCUGGUCACCAAGUACGGUUUCAUUCACCUCUAUGACCUCGAGACUGGCACCUGCAUCUUCAUGAACCGAAUCUCCAGUGAAACGAUCUUUACGACCGCCCCUGACUCCGACUCUGCUGGUCUGGUUGGUGUGAACCGCAAGGGCCAGGUCCUGUCUGUCAGCGUCGACGAAAGCACCAUUGUUCAGUAUCUGAUGGAAAACCCUGCCAUGUCUGGGCUGGCGGUGAAGCUUGCCUCCAAAGCUGGACUCCCUGGAGCCGAUCAUCUUUACCAGCAGCAGUUCGACAGCUUGAUCACCCAAGGCAACUAUCCCGAAGCCGCCAAGAUCGCUGCCAACUCCCCCCGUGGGUUCCUCCGUACCCCGGAGACGAUCAACCGCUUCAAGAACGCCCCUCAGACCGGCCAGAUGUCUGUCAUUCUGCAGUACUUUGGUAUGCUAUUGGACAAGGGCGGUCUCAACAAGUACGAAAGUGUUGAACUUGUCCGACCCGUCCUGCAGCAGAACCGGAAGCACUUGCUGGAGAAGUGGAUGCGCGAGGAGAAGCUCGAGUCAUCUGAAGAGCUUGGAGACAUCGUUCGUCCCUUUGACAUGAACCUUGCUCUGUCAAUCUACCUGCAGGCCAAUGUUCCCCACAAGGUCAUUGCUGGGUUUGCUGAGACUGGCCAAUUUGACAAGAUCCUUGCCUAUUCCAAGCAAGUCGGCUACCAGCCCGACUACACCCAGCUCCUGCAGCACAUUGUCCGCGUGAACCCCGAAAAGGGUGCUGAGUUUGCUUCCCAACUCGCCAACGAAGACACCGGCGCUCUCAUUGACCUUGACCGUGUUGUGGACGUCUUCCUGUCUCAGAACAUGAUCCAGCAGGCCACUUCCUUCCUGCUUGAUGCCUUGAAGGACAACAAGCCCGAGCAGGGCCACCUACAGACACGGCUGUUGGAGAUGAACCUUGUCAAUGCCCCGCAGGUCGCAGAUGCCAUCCUUGGUAAUGAGAUCUUCACACACUACGACCGCCCCCGGAUUUCCCAGCUUUGCGAGAACGCAGGUCUCAUACAACGUGCGUUGGAGAACACCGAUGACACCGCCGCGAUCAAGCGCAACAUUGUCCGCACCGACCAGCUCAGCCCCGAAUGGUUGAUAAACUACUUUGGCAACCUCUCGGUCGAGCAGAGCAUUGAUUGCCUCGAUACUAUGAUGGCCGUGAACAUCCGCCAGACUCUGCAGUCUGUCGUGCAGAUCGCCACCAAGUUCUCCGACCUUCUCGGAUCCGGCCGUCUUAUUUCUCUUCUGGAGAAGUACCGCACCGCCGAAGGUUUGUACUACUACCUUGGGAGUAUUGUCAACCUGAGCGAAGACUCCGAGGUCCACUUCAAGUACAUUGAGGCUGCUACAGCUAUGGGCCAGCUCACGGAGGUCGAGCGCAUUUGCCGUGAAAGCAACUAUUACAACCCGGAGAAGGUGCGGAACUUCCUGAAGGAAGCCCGCCUGACCGAACAGCUUCCGCUUAUCAUCGUCUGCGACCGCUUCAACUUUAUCCACGACCUGGUUCUGUACCUCUACCAGAACCAGCAGUACAAGUCCAUCGAGGUCUACGUGCAGCGUGUUAACCCCUCUCGUGCUCCGGCUGUCGUCGGUGGUCUUUUGGACGUCGACUGUGACGAGGGCAUCAUCAAGAACCUUCUGUCCACUGUUGAUCCAGCGCUUAUUCCAAUUGAUGAGCUGGUGGCUGAGGUCGAGAAGCGGAACAGACUGAAGCUGCUUUUGCCUUUCCUUGAAGCAACUCUUGCGACCGGCAACCAGCAGCAGGCUGUCUACAAUGCUCUCGCCAAGAUCUAUAUUGACAGCAACAACAACCCUGAGAAGUUCCUCCAGGAGAACGACAUGUACGACACCUUGACUGUCGGAAAAUACUGUGAGAAGCGCGACCCCCACCUUGCGCACAUUGCGUACAAGAAAGGCCAGAAUGACCUGGAGCUCAUCAACAUUACCAACGAGAACUCGAUGUACCGGGCGCAAGCUCGCUACCUCGUCGAACGUGCCGACUCGGAAAUCUGGUCGUUCGUUUUGAGCGAGAAUAAUGUGCACCGACGUUCCAUGGUUGACCAGGUCAUUGCAACUGCUGUUCCUGAGUCGACUGAGCCCGACAAGGUUUCCAUCGCCGUCAAGGCUUUCCUUGAUGCCGACCUUCCUGGUGAGCUGAUUGAGCUGCUGGAAAAGAUCAUCCUCGAACCCUCGCCGUUCAGUGAUAACACCAGUUUGCAGAACCUCAUGAUGUUGACUGCCGCCAAGGCCGAUAAAGGUCGCCUCAUGGAUUACAUCCACCAGCUCAACGAGUUCAGUGCGGAUGAGAUUGCUGAGAUGUGUAUCUCUGUUGGACUCUACGAGGAGGCGUUCGAGAUCUACAAAAAGGUCAACAACUACAUCGCUGCCGUCAAUGUACUUGUCGAGAACAUCGUCAGCAUCGACCGUGCCCAGGAGUUUGCUGAGCGCGUGGAGUUGCCCGAUGUGUGGAGCAAGGUCGCCAAGGCCCAGCUCGAUGGUCUUCGUGUGUCCGAUUCGAUCGAGUCGUACAUCCGUGCAGACGAUCCCUCGAAUUAUAACGAAGUAAUUGACACCGCAACCCACGCUGGCAAGGAUGAGGAUCUCGUCAAGUUCCUGAGAAUGGCCCGCAAGACGUUGCGUGAGCCCGCCAUCGACACCGGUUUGGCUUUCUGCUUCGCACGUCUUGACCAGCUCGCCGAGCUGGAGGACUUCCUCCGUGCCACCAACGUUGCGGACGUCGAAGCCUCCGGUGAUAAGGCAUACGAGGAGGGUUACCAUGAGGCCGCUAAGAUCUUCUACACCAGCAUCUCCAACUGGGCCAAGUUGGCCACUACUCUGGUGCACUUGGCGGACUACCAAGCUGCUGUGGAGUGUGCACGCAAGGCCAACAGCGUCAAGGUCUGGAAGCAGGUCAACGAGGCAUGCGUCAACAAGAAGGAAUUCCGCCUGGCACAGAUUUGUGGCCUCAACCUUAUCGUACACGCUGAAGAACUGCAAGACCUUGUUCGCCAGUACGAGCGUAACGGCUACUUUGACGAACUCAUUGGUGUUCUCGAGGCUGGUCUGGGUCUGGAGCGGGCUCACAUGGGUAUGUUCACCGAGCUUGGUAUCGCCCUGUCCAAGUACCACCCCGAUCGGGUCAUGGAGCACCUCAAGCUCUUCUGGUCUCGUAUCAACAUCCCCAAGAUGAUCCGUGCUUGUGAGGAAGCCAGCCUCUGGCCAGAAUUGGUGUUCUUGUACUGCCACUACGACGAAUGGGACAAUGCUGCUCUGGCGAUGAUGGAGCGUGCUGCCGACGCGUGGGAGCACCACUCGUUCAAGGACAUCAUCGUCAAGGUUGCCAACCUCGAAAUCUACUACCGGGGACUGAACUUCUAUCUCCAAGAGCAGCCCUUGCUUCUCACGGAUCUGCUCCAGGUCUUGACUCCUCGCAUUGACGUCAACCGUGUUGUGCGCAUCUUCCAUGCCUCGGACAAUAUCCCUCUGAUUAAGCCAUUCUUGUUGAACGUGCAGACCCAGAACAAGCGGGCAGUAAACGACGCCAUCAACGACUUGCUGAUUGAAGAAGAGGACUACAAGACUCUCCGCGACUCAGUGGACAACUACGACAACUUCGAUUCCGUGGAACUCGCCCAGCGAUUGGAGAAGCAUGAUCUGAUCUUUUUCCGCCAGAUCGCCGCCAGCAUCUACCGCAACAACAAACGAUGGGAGAAGUCGAUUACGCUGUCGAAGCAGGACAAGCUCUACAAGGAUGCCAUUGAGACCGCUGCUAUCUCUGGCAAGUCCGAUGUUGUCGAGGAGCUCCUUCGCUACUUUGUCGAUAUUGGCAGCCGUGAGUGCUACGUUGGUAUGCUGUACGCCUGCUAUGACCUGAUCCGACCGGAUGUGAUCAUGGAGGUGUCGUGGCGCCACGGCCUCCACGAUUUCACGAUGCCCUUUAUGAUCAACUUCUUGUGCGAGCAGACGCGGGCGAUCGAGAUGCUCAAGAAGGACAACGAGGAGCGCAAGUCACGAGAGACGACGCAGAAGAAGGAUGAAGAUAACACCCCGAUCCUGGGCGGCUCGCGGUUGAUGUUGACGCAGGGACCGGCCCAGGCGCCUCCACCCAUGGCCAGCCCCAUGCCGUACGGCCAAGCCAAUGGUCUCACACCCCAGACCACUGGAUUCCGUCCGUUCUAAUCGCAUUUUCUCAUACUUAAUUCCCGAUAUCUACUCUAGUGUUAUUUUUUCAUUUCCUGUUGUCAUUUGAAAUUUCUUUAGUUAUUUUUGUUUGUGUAUAACAAGAAGCGCAAUGGAUGAACCAUGGUAACCACCCCGCAUCAUGGAAAAAUGACAGUCGGAGGAAAACCGGCGGAAGGUCGGUUGUGGAGAGGACGAGAUUUUUAGUACAAUGGUUUUUUUCUUUUUCUAUUUCCUAUUUGCUUUGCGUGAUUGGAACCGUUGUCAGCAUAGACUUAUCAAAACUCUUAUUCCUGGUAUUAUGUACACUACAAUGCAUAAGUGAGAGACCAUCCACGUGAGCCCACAUCCUU